CCGGUUGCUAAGUGACCCUUGGCUACCUGGCUGCAGGAUGCUGGACGGCGUCAGGUAAAGAUGGUCAUCGCCGGGUCUCAGGACACCAUGGAGAAAGAGCUUCGGAGCACCAUUCUUUUCAAUGCAUCCAAAAAGGAGAUCUUUACCACCACUAGUGGGUAUAAAUCCAUGCAGAAAAGACUCCGGAGUAAUUGGAAGAUUCAGAGCUUAAAAGAUGAAAUUACAUCAGAGAAACUAAUUGGAGUGAAACUGUGGAUUACAGCUGGACCGAGGGAAAAAUUUACAGCAGCUGAGUUUGAAGUCUUGAAGAAAUACCUUGAUGGUGGUGGAGAUAUCCUUGUAAUGCUAGGAGAAGGUGGAGAAUCCAGAUUUGACACCAAUAUUAAUUUUCUACUAGAAGAAUAUGGAAUCAUGGUUAAUAAUGAUGCUGUGGUAAGAAAUGUGUAUUACAAAUAUUUCCAUCCUAAAGAAGCUCUCGUUUCCAACGGAGUCUUGAACAGGGAAAUUAGUCGAGCAGCAGGGAAGGCCGUGCCUGGGUUCAUUGACGAAGAGAGUGGUGGAAACAAUGCCCAGGCUCUCACCUUCGUCUAUCCGUUUGGUGCCACACUGAGCGUCAUGAAGCCGGCAGUCGCGGUUCUGUCCACCGGCUCCGUCUGCUUCCCCCUUAACAGACCCAUCCUGGCUUUCUACCACGCUAAGGGCCAAGAUGGGAAGCUGGCAGUACUCGGUUCAUGUCACAUGUUCUGUGACCAAUAUUUGGAUAAAGAAGAAAACAGCAAAAUUAUGGAUGUUGUUUUCCAGUGGCUGACAACAGAAGACAUUCACCUCAAUCAGAUUGAUGCCGAAGACCCAGAGAUUUCUGACUACAUGAUGCUGCCCGACACAGCCACCCUCUCAGAGCGACUCCGAGUGUGUCUGCAGGAGGGCGAUGAGAACCCGCGGGACUUCACCACCCUCUUCGACCUGUCCAUCUACCAGCUGGAUACCACCUCCCUUCCCAAGGUCAUCAAGGCUCAUGAACAGUUAAACGUGAAGCAUGAACCUCUGCAGCUCAUCCAGCCUCAGUUUGAGACGCCACUGCCGGCCCUGCAGCCAGCUGUUUUUCCUCCUAGUUUUAGGGAAUUACCCCCUCCGCCUCUGGAGCUCUUUGACCUGGAUGAGACAUUCUCCUCCGAGAAGGCACGACUUGCUCAGAUUACCAAUAAAUGUACUGAAGAAGACUUGGAAUUCUAUGUCAGGAAGUGCGGUGAUAUUCUUGGAGUGACCAGUAAACUACCAAAGGACCAACAAGAUGCCAAACACAUCCUUGAGCACAUCUUCUUCCAGGUGGUGGAGUUCAAGAAGCUGAACCAGGAACACGAUAUUGACACAAGUGAAAUAGCAUUCCAGAGCAAUUUCUGA